AUGGCACACGAAAAGUUUAGUAUACCUGAGAAUCUCACGUUGGCACAGUCUUUACAAUUGCUGUAUUCUGUUGUCAGAAAUCAAUAUAAAAACCUAGCAAACCUUAUAGAAAAUGGCGAAGGUAAUAAGGAUUCGGUCACCUAUGGGAAGAUUCAUAAAAAUCUAGAUGCUCUAUUGGUAUACGUCAAUGAAGGUCUGCGAAAAAUUGAAAAGACGUUUACCUUAAAGAAGGGGUUGGGAAACCUUGUAGUUGAUCAUCCUGAAUUGAGGAGCGUUAUUGAAGACUUUCAAAUUCUCGGCCAAGAUAUAAGGAUAUCUCGUCGCAAAGCAGAAAACAUCAUAAUUGAAGGAAACGGCAGCCCUUCUUUGUCAUCAUCCUCAUCUGUUUUGGGUCUUGGGACGGGAAAUAGUUUACGUUUUACGAGACUUUGGAAAAUGGGCUCCAAGAGAGAUAAGAUGAAAGAAGCUGACGAAAAGGAGGCUAGAAUCAAUAAACAGGCCGAUAAUAUUAGACGUGCAAGGAAGUUGGAAGAAGAAAAAAAAUUAGGAGCAAAACGUCAGUACGAAAAGGACUUAGAGCUUCAGAGGGAAAAAUUGAUCGAGUUAAAGGUUAAAGAAAAAGUCGAAUAUGAAGUGACGCAGAAGUUAGAAGAGGAGAGGAUCAAAAGAGAGGAACAAGAGCGUAAAUAUAGAGAACAAGCGGAGAAGAAACGUAUUUUCACCUUAAAACAUGACAGGAAAACAAAUUAUAAGUUGAGAGCCAGCCUUGACAGUUCCUCUACAAAUGUCAAAUCUUCUGGAAAGAUUGAUAAUUCCGUGGUCAAAAGAAGAUCACUUGACGUUGUACGAAUCUCAGACGAGAAAAUGCGAGCUCCAGUAAGAAAAUCAAUGGAAGCAAAGGAGAUUGGAAUGGCUGCGCAGUUAGCCUGGUCUCAGUAUCAAAAUGGGGCAAAGCAUACAAGAGUGAGUAGCAAUAUCGCACAUACUAAUGAAUCCUCAAUAGGAUGUAAGUCUGCACAACAAUUGAAAAAAAAAUAUGACUAUAAAAAGCCAACGGUCAAUCGACCGAUUAUAAAAUCACCCACUCUCAAUAGGCAAAGUAGCAGGUCUUCAAGAAAUCAGCCUACAAACGCGAAAUUGAAUGGGAAUAAAACUAACUCUAACAAACCUUCUCGCAGGAAUGAGCAAAACUUGGUGUCCACCUCUCCAAUACUUGUUUCGGCGACAGCGACACCUACUGAACCGAAGCCCACACGCUCCAGAAGUGCUACACCUGAUAAAGAAAGUUCUGCUUGUUCAUCUGUGGAUUCUAAAAAAGAGGAUAUAUUGAAAUCAUUACAAGGAGUUGACCGAAAUGCCUGUGAACAGAUACUUAAUGAAAUCCUAGUAACUGAUGAAAAGGUUUAUUGGGAUGAUAUUGCAGGCUUAAAAAGUACAAAGAACUCUUUGAAAGAAGCAGUAGUUUAUCCCUUUCUGCGACCUGAUUUGUUCAAAGGGUUAAGGGAACCCGUUAGAGGUAUGCUUUUGUUCGGCCCGCCAGGUACAGGUAAGACGAUGGUUGCUAAGGCGGUCGCAACGGAGUCCAACUCCACAUUUUUCAGCGUAAGUGCAUCUUCUUUACUAUCGAAAUAUCUUGGUGAAUCUGAAAAACUAAUUAGAGCAUUAUUUUACAUGGCAAAGAGACUGUCACCUUCUAUUAUUUUCAUAGAUGAAAUCGACUCAAUGUUAACUGCUCGUUCUGAUAACGAAAAUGAGUCUUCGAGGAGAAUUAAAACGGAGCUUCUCAUUCAGUGGUCCUCGUUAUCGAACGCUACAGCACAAUCAGAAGCACAAAAUAAUAUACUUGAUAGUAGAGUGCUUGUUUUGGGAGCUACCAAUUUGCCAUGGGCAAUUGAUGAUGCGGCAAGAAGACGAUUUUCAAGGAGAUUAUACAUUCCCCUUCCGGAUUAUGAAACUAGACUAUAUCAUCUAAAGAGGCUGAUGGCCAAACAAAAGAAUAGCUUGGAAGAUCUAGAUUAUGAAUUAAUAACAAAAUUGACAGACGGUUUCUCUGGUUCUGACCUCACAUCGUUAGCCAAAGAAGCUGCAAUGGAACCCAUUAGGGAUCUAGGAGAUAAGCUAAUGUUCGUGGAUUUUGAUAAGAUUAGAGGAAUUGAAAUCAAAGACUUUCAAAACUCAUUGUUGACAAUAAAGAAAAGUGUAUCCCCAGAAUCUCUGCAAAAAUAUGAGGACUGGUCUAGUAAAUUUGGUAGUACCGGUGCUUGA